AAAGGGAGUGGUAGGAAAGUUUAACACUACUAUUAUAAUUAUUGGCUGCAAAUCUGUAUAUCUAUGGUGGAAAACAAGGCACGCAGAUAAAAACAAAAGCCACGUAAGCUGCGCCACCUCCUUCAGCUGGAUUUAUUAUACGGGUAAACUCUUCCGAAUUCCGAUUGAAAAUGUAAUGGAAGAAAUGCCGGAAAAUGCUGCGCCGCUGAUCCAGAAACAAGGCUACAACGAGAGCUGCGCGGCGUGCAAGAUUGAACACACGAGGGAUUCUGAUGAAGGGAUUCCAUUCAAGCUUCUCAUUUUGGUCUGGCUCAUCACUCUCGCUUCAGCUCUGCCAAUAUCGUCUCUUUUCCCUUUCCUAUACUUUAUGAUAAGAGAUCUCCAUAUUGCAGAAAAGGAGGAAGACAUAAGUUACUAUGCUGGAUAUGUAGGAUCGUCUUUCAUGCUUGGGAGAGCUUUGACUUCUUUUCUCUGGGGGCUCAUAGCUGAUAAAUAUGGUCGGAAACCAGUCAUAAUGUUUGGCACAUUUAUAGUGGUUAUAUUCAAUACAUUUUUUGGUGUUAGCGUAAACUUUUGGAUGGCCAUUAUUACAAGGUUCCUUCUUGGAAGUUUAUGUGGAACGCUUGGACCUUUAAGGGCAUAUGCUUCUGAAAUUUGUCGUAAAGAGCACCAAGCUUUGGGGAUGUCAGUUAUUAGCACAUCCUGGGGCAUAGGCUUGGUCAUCGGUCCUGCUGUCGGAGGCUUUCUUGCACAGCCUGCAGAAAAAUAUCCACAAAUCUUCUCCGAAAAGUCCAUCUUCGGAAGGUUUCCAUACUUUUUACCUUGUCUAGUGAUCUCAGCCUUUGCUUUGGUGGCGUCUACUCUCUGCCUCUGGCUCCCUGAAACAAUUCAUUUCCAUAACAAAGAAAACAUAGCACAGAAAAUUGCAAGGGAAAGCAACGCUUAUGAGUCCAUUGAGUCGUAUAAAGUGGAAGUUUCUGAGCUCAAACCCACAGUCUCUCAGAAAAGCCUCUUAAGAAAUUGGCCCUUGAUGUCUGCUAUUUUGGUGUACUGUGUUUUCCAGCUUCAUGAUAUGGCCUAUAGUGAGAUAUUCUCUUUGUGGGCUGUCAGCUCAAGGAGGCUCGGGGGAUUGCAUUUUGACUCGGCAGAUGUUGGUGCAGUUCUUUCGAUCACAGGUGUUGGUAUGCUCAUCUUUCAGCUCUCCGUAUAUACCUGGAUUGAGAGGAUACUUGGACCUGUCAUGGUCUCUCGUAUAGGAUCUGUCAUUACGAUACCGUUGCUAACAACCUACCCGUUUUUAGCCAAUUUAUCGGGUCUCAUCCUCGUAUUACUUCUUAAUUUUGCUUCAAUGUUCAAGAACGUGCUCUCUAUUUCCAUCACGACAGGCCUGUUAGUUCUUCAAAAUAGAGCUGUGACAAAAGAGCAAAGAGGAGCUGCAAACGGCAUAUCAAUGACAGCCAUGUCUCUCUGUAAAGCAAUUGGCCCUGCAGCCGGAGGUUCCCUACUCUCCUAUGCUCAAGGCCGUCUGGAUGCAGACUUCUUACCAGGUGUUCACCUAGUUUUCUUCGUGUUAAACGCGGUUGAGUUUGUCGGCUUCAUAAUGACCUUCCAUCCAUUUCUUGUCGUCCCCGAUGAUGACGUGUGUUCAAGCUCGGCCGGUAACCGGGAAAGUCUCUUGAGCUGAUUAGGACAUUAGCUUCUUCCAUGGUGUAAUUUAUAGUGUAUAUUUGCUCUGAAAAAUGAAGCUCAGUGGAGUAAUGAUAAGCGAACUGUGAAUAUAGGAAAGGUAUCAAUUUUUUGGCAUGUUUGAUCAUGUACCAUCUCUUCAAUAAAAUAUAGUAUACAUAGCUCUUAUAGUGUUCCAAUAAAA